AUGGAGCUGAGCAUGUGCAUCUCGGUGCGCUGCCACCCCAGAAGUGCCACCACCCAGACAAAUAGCUCUUCCAAAAGCGCAAAGGACCUCUUGGUCACCUCCUUCCUCUGCUGCAUCCUGGCCACCAUGUGUGGGGUUGGGGUGGUGGGAAACAUCUGCAUGCUGGUGGUCACCACUGUCUCCACGAAGCACACUGUCUCCACGUAUGUGUACGUUGUCACCUCAGCCCUGGCCGAUCUGUACUUACCCACCGUUCCCUUCGUGGUCUGCACGUACUUCGUGCAGGACUGGUACUUCGGAGACUUGGGCUGCAGGAUCCUCUUCAGCCUCGAUCUCCUCACCAUGCACAACAGCAUCUUCAUCCUCACCAUCAUGAGCACCGAGCGCUACCUGGCUGUCAUCAGGCCUCUGGACACCCUACACAGGUCAAGGGACCACUGGCGGGCAGUCACCUGCCUGGUGUGGCGGGUGGCCUUCCUCCUCACCCUCCCCACCAUGAUCCUCAUGGACCUGCACACCAGCCACCGAGACGGAGUGACCAAGCGCAUGUGCCACCCCACCUGGCAGAUGGGGCCUCACCAUCCUCUUCAUCACCUCGCCCCAGACAUCAUCAUCUGCUGCUUGUACACCAAGCUGGUUAGGACGUACUGGAGGUCCCAGCGGGCUCUUGUUCUCAGCAGCAAGGAAACCAGCCGAUGUCCCAAGGAGAAAGUCCUGUGUAUGAUCUUCAGCAUCGUGCGCUUCCUGCCCUUCCAGCUGUGGCAGCUCUUCAGCAUCUCUUGGUACGAGCAGGGGAAGCGGGGUGGCACUGCUGUCAUCUCCAUCAACUUCCUCGUGACCUGCCUGGCCUACAGCAACAGCUGCCUCAACCCCUUCCUCUACAUGCUGCUCUCCAAAAAUUACAGCAAGUACCUGCAGAGCCAGCACCGGGCUCCCAAGACCCUGCCUGCCCCCGAGCCCUGCUGUCCCCUCAGCCAUCGCCCGGCUCCUGGGGGGCUCUGGAGAGGACGGGUGCUCCCUGUGAGAGAUGGGUGCCCAUGUUGCAUGCCAGUGUGCCAUCAGGUUAAGCCCUUCUGCGGGGAACAUGGUGCUGUUGCCGCCUGUGUGAGGCCAGUAAGAGAUAUUGAAUACAGUAAUAAAUAA